UGUACCUGGGGGUGAGGGGUACCAGGCCGGUGCUGAGGCUGGGUGGGCGUCGCUGGUGGGCAGACCCCUGGGCGGGGCCCAGGCAGGGUUACUGCAGGCGGGGCGUUAGUCCCGCCCCAAGAAGGCGGGAGAGGAGCCAGAGCCUGGCCGCGGGCUGGGCGGUGCUGCAGCUCCCGCCGGCCGGCUUCGUCCAGCUUUGUCCUGCGGCCCCUUUUCCAGACCGUCCUGGCCGCGCCCAGCCCCCUCUCGCCAUGCCGCCCGCGGGGCCCCGCGGGACCGCGCCGCUCGCUGCCGUCGUCCUGCUGGUGCUUGGGGCUCCUCUGGCACUGGCGAGUGAAGACUGCUUGUGGUAUCUGGACCGGAAUGGCUCCUGGCAUCCGGGAUUUGACUGCGAGUUCUUCACCUUCUGCUGCGGGACCUGCUACCAGCGGUACUGCUGCAGGGACCUGACCUUACUCAUCACCGAGAGACAGCAGAAACACUGCCUGGCCUUCAGUCCCAAGACAAUAGCAGGCAUCGCCUCUGCUGUGAUCCUCUUUGUUGCUGUGGUGGCCACCACCAUCUGCUGCUUCCUCUGUUCGUGUUGUUACCUAUACCGAAGACGCCAGCAGCUCCAGAGCACGUUUGAAGGCCAGGAGAUUCCUAUGACAGGCAUCCCAAUGCAGCCAGUAUACCAGUACCCCCUGGAUCCCAAAGCUGGCCCUGCACCUCCACAGCCUGGUUUCAUGUACCCACCUAGUGGUCCUGCUUCUCAAUAUCCUCUCUACCCAGCUGGGCCCCCAAUCUACAACCCUGCAGCUCCUCCCCCUUAUAUGCCACCACAGCCCUCUUACCCAGGAGCCUGAAGAGACAACUGUGGCUCUGCGGUCCCUUCCAUGAUGCCAUUUUUUUUGGGGGGGGGAGAGUCCUCAUCCUGUAUCUGCAUCUAGCCCUGAGGGUGGGCAUGGGUCUUCUAGUCACCAGGCCCCAGGUCAAGCCAAGCCUUGGGCCCUGCUGAGGACAGAGCCCCAGAGAAGUGGAACGUGAUCCGAGCUGGAACCAGGCCGUGGAUGAGGGGUGGAUAGGGAGGGCUUGGGAUUCGCGAGCUAUUUUUACUGGGAGACUGGGAGUAAGAUGAGAGCCCAGGUCACAGUCUCUGUUUUCAAGUAGUCCCUCUGCUCCCAGGACCCCAGUCUGAAAGGUGGGGCCCCUCCUAUUUGCCCAGUUUGGGCUGAGGUGGAGACAAGUGGUGGUGGUGGGGGGGCUUCUAUCAACAGCUGGCCACAGCCCUUCCCUCUGGCUGCCCGAUUGGCCGGAGCCCAGGCCUCAUGGAUUAAAGCUGUAAUGGUAUAACUCA